UACACUUCACUACAACGUCUCGGCAUUGCAGGGAGCCAUUUUUCUUACGGAACAGGGCAGUAUUUCGCCGAUGCAUCGGGCAACAAAAGUUUGUGAAUUCUAAAGAUGUUUCUAAGGCUGAGGCACGCAUAGACAUCGGAAAUAUUGCUGCCGAAGAGUGCAUGGUCAUAGUAUUACAGAACACUGGGGUGUUGCAGCGUCUGCGACAGUUCUUCAACAAUUUGCAUGCUAGUCUCGUACGGGUAUAUCGGGGUAGCGUGGUGAUAGAACUCGAGGUGACCGACGCCAACUUCCUUCAUUGUGUUGAGAAGGCAGCCAAGGAAGGACAACUCAGUGAGAUCAUCCUGCAGCUCCUCCAGGAAGAGUCCGUCUUUGAAAAGAUUAAAGGUCAAAAGGUGGAGAUAACUCUGGAAGUUAGGAUUCCGGAAGGCCAAUAUAAUGAGAUGACAGAAAGGUUGAACAGUAAGAAACAAGAAGCUCGUAAACUUGCGGAGGAUCUCUUGACCAGUUCACGCAAUGAAGAGAUCGUGCAACGCCAGUCUGUUGAAGGGCUUGAAGACGUAGCAGUGGAGGUGGCUUCUCAUGGAAAACAUCUUACCAGAGCCAUGGUGGGAGGGGUUGCCCUUGGUGCCGCUGCUUUGCUGGCCGCUCCCUUUACGUUGGGAGCAUCACUAGGACUUGGUGUAGCUACUGUCGUAGCGCUUAUUGCUGCAUUUGCGUUAGCAAUUAGAAAAAGCGCGGUGCUACGAAGUGCCCAGGUGGGCUUGGAUGAGUAUAGCAGUGCUGUGGAAUCACUGGAUGGAUGUAUUUCCACCCUAAUGAGGCAAGAUGAAGUCAUGAAAGACAUGGUUGAAAACGCGGUUAUUGAACGUCUGAAUGUAGAGCCAAUAGAAAUAUCAAAUAGGAGGAUAUCUCUCCAACAAACUGCCGGUUCUGCUUCAAAAUUGGUUGUCGACGUCGACGGGGAGACAAUCCCAAUACACAAAUUGAAUUUAUACGACUUCAUAACAGAAAGCGUCAAGAAUAAAAGACGACCCCCGUCAAAAGUACAGAAAGAUAUCCGUGACAUGGCCCGACAAAUAGAAAGAAUGGAGGUGAAUCCCUUGCGUGGCCUGUUGUCCUCUGCCUGAUACACGUAUAGUGAUGGAAAUUUCAUCAUAUUCAACUGAUGCAGACCAAACCUUCAACUUUAAACAGCAACUAUUAUCUUUUGAGAGACGUCCGAUUGAAACUCAAAAUCAAACGAGAGUUCAGAUAAUUUGAAAUGUAAUUCAAGUCCCGGUAACAUUCAUCAGUUGAACAGCAUAUUACGGAAUAUCAAUAAUUUCUGUAUCCGUUUUACCUUCAGUUACAAAACUGCAGGGGCUGACAGAGAGCGGAAGGUCGGGGUUCAAUCCCCGGUCGCGUCAUACCAAAAGACGUUAAAAGAUGGUACUUGUUAUUACCCUUGGUGCCGCCUGGCAUUAAAGGAAUUAAACAAGAACUGGUCGGUGUUUUUAACAGAAAAUGUUCAGAAUAAAGAACUACCCCCUCAAAAGUAAAGAAAGAUAUCCAUGAUUUUGCCCGACAAAUAGAAAGAAUGGAGGUGAACCCCUUCCGUCGCCUGUUUCCUGAUAUUCACGUAUACUGAUGGACAUUACGUCAUAUUUUAUACUUUAUAAAGCAACUAUUUAAGAAAUAUAGUUUGCUCUACCACCAUGUGUAAUGUUAUAAAGUAUGGCAAUACUUUUCUUUAUUUCAUUACACAUAGGGGUAGAGAAAACUUUAUUAAUUUACUGAGGUGCCGCAUUCAAGACUAAUCUUAUGUUCAAUUGGCGGUGGGAUUAAAACAUUGCUCAAGCGUUUCUCUUGGAAUCCAUCAAAUGUAAGAAUUGACCGUGUGGUCUAAAUCAAAGAAGGACAAGACGAAUCGUAGGUUAUUCUUAAUGCUGCAUUGACUUCAAAAGUUGCUAAUAGGGAACACUUGUCUUUCAAUAGAAUCUAAGAAUCUCAGCAGAUAUUCGAUGUACUUUAAGUAUAUCGUUAGAAGGUCUUUGUAUCCAAGUUGAUAUAUGUGGCUUGAUAUGUCGGUGGGAUAGCUGUAUAAAAUCGGCGUUAGUCUGGCCCUGUCCAUAACAUAUUUUAUACCAAGUGUGACAUGUGC